AUGCUUGAUGCCGAACUCGUCGAUAAAACCUUUGCGACCCUUUUAUUCGUAAUCGAAGCCGAUUGCAUAAACGACUACGAAAUCCUUAUAGCGACUAAGUAUCUCGUUGAUUGGCUUGUUGCUACCGGUGCCAAAAGGGUUGACCUCGACUAUAGCUUGGUUGAGAAGUUGGGUGUUGAGGUUGAGAAGUUGGGUGUUGAAGUUGAGGUUGAGAAGUUGGGUGUUGAGGUUGAAGUUGGGUGUUGA